GUCGGCAAAGCAGUUCAACAGCUGUCAAUUUGACAGCGCAAUUUCGAAUUCGACAUCGCACUUACAUAACCUAACCUCGAAAUUUUGACAGUUGUCUGCAAGCAACAGCGAAUAUUUUUCCUAUCCGCUAACGAGCAAAACUGCUAAGCAACAAAAUGGCUGGUGAAUCUGCUGAGGAAGCUAAAUUGACUGGACUGUCGAAACAUUUCAAUGGCUCCACAAUGCGUGGUCGCGCAAAUGUGGCUAAAGCUACUUAUGCUGUGAUCGGUCUCGUCAUUGCCUACAAUCUUGUCAAACCCAAGAAGAAGUAAAGCAGUUGCAACACUUAUAUAAGUCAAAA